UGAGGAGCUGGGGCCAGACGGUGGUUCCGGGGCCGCUAUGGCGGCUGUCAUUGCCUGGGCUGCCCUUGGGGUGACGCGACGCGUAACCGGGGCUGCCGCCCGGCUACAGGUUCGAGGAGCUUCAGGGGUCCCUGGUGGGGAUGAGGUGUUCAAAGCCCAGCAAGCAGCCCCUGGAGGAGCAGCUCCUACUAUCUUCUCCCGGAUCAUUGAUAGAAGCAUUCCUGCUGACAUCCUUUAUGAGGACCAACAGUGUCUUGUCUUCCGAGAUGUGGCCCCGCAGGCCCCAGUGCAUCUUCUAGUCAUUCCCAAGAAGCCCAUUCCUCGGAUCAGCCAGGUUGAAGAGCAGGACAAACAGCUUCUGGGCCACCUACUGCUUGUGGCUGCACAGACAGCAAAAGCCGAGGGUCUAGGAGAUGGAUAUCGGUUAGGAUUUAGGUCCCUAAUGUCCCUAACCUCACCUAAUUUCAGUGAUCAACGAUGGGAAGCUGGGAGCACAGUCUGUGUAUCACCUGCAUCUGCACAUACUUGGGGGCCGGCAACUUCAGUGGCCGCCAGGCUGACCCUGAACAGGAUGAGAGAUGUGGGAAUCUGUGAUUGUUAAUAAACCUGUUGAACCUUGA